UUCUGGUAAAGGACGACGGGGCUUCGUGUUGCUGCUGGUAUUUAGAGUGGACGAUGGCCCGGGAAUUAGACUUCGCCUGAGACAUCUAUAAUUUAUUUAUUUCAAGUUCCGUACAUUUCUAUCCGAGACACGUCCAAAUGGUAUGUGUAAAGUCCCUACUGGCGGCCGGUGCUGCCCUGGCCAACGUCUCUCUCACGCAUGCGUGGAUCUACGCCAUCUCUGCCCCGGAGACAGCGGCUGUCGGCAGCAUCUUCACGGUCACCAUCACCAACGGGCUGCAUAUCCAAAACUACCAGAAUUUCGGCAUUAUCUGGGGAUUUCAGAGGCCACCGUAUCAAGACAGGGUCACGGGGGAGUUUGAGCUGGGCUGGACAAAUCUAGUUGGCCCUGGCGCAACGCCGAUGCCGCCCUCGGGAAACUUCACUGUGGAGUUGACGAUUCCCGAUGGUUGGCCCACCGGAGACGUGCAGCUGAUGGCUGUCACCCCUAUUCGCGUUGGUGCUUUGGGAUCGACGGACUUGGUAUAUCUCAGUCAGAAUAUGACCUUGACUGCUGCAACCUGAGAGCAGAACCCUCUAAUAUUCCCACGCUACAAUGCCUUGAGCUGCGUAUGUCCUCGCCUCGAAAUAGAUACACGAAGUUGUUGGCUCGGUCGCAUUGAGUCUGACAAAAACCUGAUAGAGAUCCUCCCCUGCCGGACACGCCAUGAAUGGUCGCCCCUGGAAUCCCAAUACAGUUGGCGCUCCCCCGCUGUCACUUAUCUCUCUUUCCCAGCCAGAAACGAUUGACCCUUCGGGUCUUGACGUUGAAUGUGGAGGCGUGUAGCCAAGGGCACCAUCGGGGCCAAUGUAGACUGUAUUGAUCGGUCAGAACCAAUCUUCCAAUCCAAUACGUG